CGGCUCGCCGACAGAUUUGGAUCGGGAGGAGGGGGAAGAUGAGAGCGAACAGCUCUUUCUUGCCGCAUGAGCAGUGCAGCUUUCUCGAAAUCUGUUGCAUUCUAGUGGGUACAUUGCAUUGUACCAGAAAAAAAAUCUAAGGCUAUUUGGCAGUAGUGUUGCUUUAGUUUUAUGCGUGCUUGUGGUUGUUUACUUUUGCUUCGGUUGCCGCAGAUCUACAGCUCCGCCGAGAUGCUUUCCUUCACCCCGUGGACACGGCCCCCGGCGUCUUCGUAGGCGUUGUAUCCCAGGUCGGGGUUCGCCGCCCCGUCGUUCAUCUCGUUCGCCAGCUCCCGCAGGAGCUCGGCCUCCAUCUCGGCCUCCUCGUUGCCGAGGCCCUCCUCGCUGAGGAAGCGCUCGGCGUCGAGGGCGGCCGCGGCUCCGCUGCCGGCCGAGGUAAUGGCCUGGCGGUAGACGGCGUCCGUGACGUCCCCGGCCGCGUAGAUGCCGGGAACGGAGGUUUUCGUGCUCUGUCCGGUGGUCUUGAUGUAUCCGGCGUGCUCGGGGUCGAAUUCCACGACGCCCUCGAGGAAUCCGGUGUUUGGGGAGUGGCCGAUCGCGACAAAGACAGCGUCACAGCUCAGCGUUCUCGUUUCUCCCGUUUCGACGUCCUUCAGAACGGCACCGGACACGAUUUUGUCGCCGUCGUCGGCCGUCGACGGAUCGUCCAGGUCCAGUUCCUCGCUGUCGUCCUGGCUGCUGCCACCGGGGGUGGACACCGAUUUGCCCACGAUCUUUUCAACCACCGUGUUCCACUGGAUUUCGAUCAGGGGGUGGUUGAUCACCCGGUCGGCGAGAACCUUGCUGGCUCGGAAGGUGUCCCGUCGGUGGACCAGCGUGACCUUCUUCGAGGUUCGCGCCAGCACCAGAGCGUCUUCCAUGGCGGUGUCUCCUCCCCCCACGACCACGACGUGGCGGCCGGAAAACAAAAAUCCGUCGCAGGUGGCACAGGACGAGACGCCUCCCCCGCGCAGCUCGUGUUCCCCGGGAAUUCCUAGCCACUUGCUGUCGGCUCCGGUGGCAAUGAUGACCGAAUGGGCCUCGAUGGCGCCCGUCGAGUUUCCGUAGACCUUGAGAGGCCGGGACGAGGUGUCGAUUCGCGUGACAAAGUCGUCCUCGAUCUUGGCCCCGAACUUGAUGGCCUGGGAGCGCAUGGCGGCAAUGACGGCGGGACCCGUGAAGUUGGCCAGGCCGGGGUAGUUCUCGACGUCGACUCCCUUGCCCUGGAGCUGUCCCCCCAUGGCCGGCGCAAUGAUGAGCGGGGUCAGGCCCGCACGUGCGGCAUAAAUAGCCGAGGACAUGCCGGCGGGACCACCUCCGAUCACAAUGACCUUCUCGGGGAAGGAACCGCGGAUCCAUCGGCUGGCAUUGUCCUCCAGGGAGUCCUCUUCCUCGAUGUCUUCUCCCUCGACCUCCUCGUCCCGGGCCUCGUCCUCUCGUUUUUCCAAUUCGGCAAGCAAUUGUUCCUUCGUAGCCAGGUGUAGGUUCGGAGUAUUGCUCUUCGAUCUAGGCUGCGCCUUUUGGUUGUUUGUGGGUGUGUCGGUCGGGGAUCCUUUCUCGUCGCCCUCCGUCUUCUUUGGCUUGGGCACGAAGAGUUUCUGGGUUUCCGGCCGUUUCUUAUACUUUUUCUUCAGUUUGUAGGCCAGUGUGUUGGCGAUGGAUCCCUGGCAGAAUUCUUUUCGGCCCUUGCAUUUGUUAUAGACCGCCUCGAUGUCUUCGUCGGUCUUGCUGGGAUCCAUUUCCGCGUAGAAGGCUUUGAGGUCGUCGAGCAACAGCUUGGUGUUUUCGGUCUCGGCCUGUCGGACGGCCUUGUUGGUGUACUGUCUCAGUGCGGCCUCGCCGAUGCCUCCCUUCUCGUCCUGCACCUUUCGUCCGCCGACAAACCAGUAAAAGGUUGGAAGAGAUCGCACCUGGUACCGAGCAGACAGCUCGUGCUGCAUGUUGGUGUCCACCUUGACAAAGACGGCUCGGUCCUCGAAUUCCUUGGCGACCUUCUUGUAAAUCGGGGCCAUCAUCCGGCAGGGACCGCAGCCAUCGGAAUAAAAAUCAACGACCACG